AUGCCACCAGAAAAAGAUCUCCACGCGAUCUUCGGUGUCCCUCCGACAGCGACCAGAGACGAGAUGAAAAAGGCAUACCACAAAAAUGCCNUUGUGCAUCAUCCGGACAAAACUAGCAGCGAGUCCGCCCCAGAGAUGCAGGAGGUCAACAACGCUUGGGAGGUACUAUCUGAUGCUCAGUUGCGCGCCGAAUAUGAUGCCAGAUGUCAAAAUGACUGCGAGUUUUGCACUCCAGACAGAAGGGGAGACUUUCUGCACCCUUGGAACUCCAGAACUACAGGCUCGAAGCCAUCGCCUUGGUCUUUCCCUAACCCAACUCCGUCUGGCCCUCAACCACCGCCGCCAUCUCCUCCUCCACCAGGAUGUGGUCAAUGCGGGUACGACAAGGGUAGAAGUGUUCGCCUCUCAAAGAAAUUCACCGAGCUCGAGGUGGAUGUUCACAAGCUCAAAGAUUACAUCGACGCUUUCAAGACCAACUUCCGUGAAAGAGACGAUAUUGCCACGAACAACGAGGAGAUCCUCAAGCAACAACUACGUGAUUUACAGAGCCAACUGUUGAAGCUAGCCGCUGAAAAGAAGAUUCUGGAAGGAAAGAGCUCCAGAGACUUGAUCGGACACUCUGCAGAAGCGACCAAGUGUCAUGAACAACUCGCCAAGGUCCAGAAUGAACUUGCCCAGGCCAAAGCAAAGAGUGCCAGUCAAGCAACGACCAUCCGACGCCUUACCGAGGAGCUCGUACAAAAGGCAGCAGGACAGCCAGGAAUUUCGCACGCAAACGACAAACUGAAAGAUGAGCUGGUGCUCAAGAACAGGAAGAUUUUGGAACUCGAGAAUUCAAACAAGGUUUUGAGAGGCGCAAACACUCAGGAAAAGGUUAAGCUGUCCAAAGCUCAAAAGGCUCUCAAACCCGCACUCGACAACGAGACAGCCACCAGAAAGGAGAAUGAGAGACUGGUUGUGGAGCUCGAGACAGCCCAACUCAAGCUCGAACAACACAUCCCUCCCCAAGACAGAAUUUAUCGGGCAGAGACCGAGCGUGCUGCGUCUUUAGACGCUGAGAGAACCGCCAACAUGGCCACUAUCGAGCAGCGCAACAAGGAUCUGGUGGGCGAGCUUGCUAGACUGCAGCAAGACCUGCACAGUCAAAAUCAGGCUCUCCAAGACGCAGAACUCAAGCAUCAAACUGAGCUCGCUGCUGCCCAGGUGGCUCUCAGGUUUGCAAUAGACCACGACGCUGCCUGUCAAACACGCUGCGCUGAUCUAAACGCUGAGCUAGCCAAAGCUCGACUCGACCUUGAAACUCAACAGCAGGGUCUCGCUGACAGAGAUGGAACCAACCAUACCCAAUCCCAGGACGAAGCCGAGGCCAAAAGUGAAGCCCAAGAGCAAAUCAGAGAUCUGAUCGCUCAGCUUGCAGAUGCCCGAGUUCAGAAGGCUGCCGCCCAGUCUUCGGCCAAUGCGAUGCAAGAACGCAUCACACUCCUCGAAGCACAACUCGCAGCACCUCACCAUGAUGGAAGAUGCCAGCAGUGCGGGAUUCUGGAUGCGGCACCUCAUGAUCCUGACCACUUUCAAGACCCGAGCUCUGUCGACGCACCCAAGUCGCUCUGCAAGACAUGCGGAUACCAAAUCGCUCUUGGUAAGGAACUUCAAGAGGUCAAGCACAGACGCGAUGUACUUGUCAACGAGCGACGAGAGGCCGAGGCUGUAGGGGACUUUGAAACUGCUACCGACCUCAUGUACGGAGCCAUCCCUGAGUUAAACGAACACAUCGAGCAACUCGAGAACGAGGUCGGUCAAAGUGCAACUCAUUCUGCUGAGCAACCUGAAGUUACACAGGCCGGAGUUUUAUCUGGUAAUGAACAGCAAGAGCAAGCCUUUACAGAGGAUUUCGAUGAAGUGGCUCCUCAGGACGGCACCAGUGGGUCUCUGAACAAGCCUAUCGAUCUCCCAACCGGUCAACAAGCUAGUAGCCCGCAGCAAGACAAGCCAUCGGUCGUUGAUGGCGGUUCUGUAUCAACAGCCACGAGCCCUGAGUCUGCCUCAACAUCAGCUAGAAACAACCAGCCCGACACGCCCAUCCGUCUGCUCAAGGCGCAGCUCCACUACGCCAAAGCAACACAAAAGGCAGCUCGCGACGAGACCAGUCAGCUCCAAGACGAGACUUGGGAGCUCAAGGCCCAACUCGCACGCUACAAGAAGUUUGAGUUUGACGUCUACCAUGAGCUUGCCAACGCCAACGAGACUCACUCUGCCUUGCAACACGAACUUUCCAAGACGAAGAAGCAACUCGACCAAUACGAGCAACAACAUACAGACACAAUCGACGGGAUGAUCAAUGAUCUUGACAAGGUUGUCAGAUCGAAGAAACCCCAUGAGCCCAACGAGACAAGACCCAGAAAGUCACCCCCAGCACAAAAGAUCGAGAAACCCUGCGUAUCGCCCCUCAAAAUCUCUGCAAGAAGAAACCGCCGUCUCCGCGACAUGAUCAGAGAGAAAGACCAAGAGAUCUCCGACAUCAAGAUCAACUACGGCAACAAAUGGGGCAAAGUCCUCGACGAUGUCUGCGCCAAGGAGUCAGAAAUCAGAAGUUUGAAGAUACAGAUGCACGUUCCUAGAUCUAGACACGGCAGCGAUGCAAUGAUUGAUGCUACAGAGCCUCUGCCCUUCAGCGAACACGAACAACGUGUCAAGGCCCUUUUGAGCGACAAGGACCAACAAAUCAAGGCCCUCAAGAUCAAAGCUGGCCUUCUUGGCUUUGACGCCAGUGCAAAGGAUCAACAGAUCAGCUCUCUGAGUACGCAGAAAAAGGACUUGGAGGACUUGAAGACCAGAGCUGCAUAG